AUGGCUUCACUUCUGAACAAGCUCACGGGCUCGAACAAGACUCAUCACACUGAGAACAUGCAGCCCACAUCCACCACCACCGCUCCUCAUCGAGAGAACCUCCACGAAGGUAACCUCCGCGAAGAGCCCAGGUAUCAGGAGAACGUCUACGAGAACAAUGUUGGCCGAACCGGUCAUGGCAGACAUGACCUGGGCCACGAGAACUUGAGGCGAGAUGAAAUUCCUGUCCAGAACAGCAUCCCUCAUGGGAACGUCGGCACAACCGGCCACGGCAGACACAACUUGGCCUCUGACAACUUGGGGCGACAUGAGGCUCCUAUUCAUAACAAUGUUCCUCACCAGGGCCACGCCACAGCCGGGACUGGCCACGUCCACAAUGGCUACGAGAACAACGUUGGCCGAACCACCCAUGGCCUCGGUCACGAGAACUUGAGGCAAAACGAGGUUCCCAUCCAGGGCCACAAUGCCUACGAGAACAACGUUGGUCGAACCAACCAUGGUCUCGGUCAUGAGAAUUUGAGACAAAAUGAAGUUCCAGUCCAGAGCAACAUCCGCCAUGAGAACAUGGGCACAACCGGCCACGGCAGACACGACUUGGCUUCUGACAACUUGAGGCGGCAUGACGUCCCGGCUCAGGGCAACAUUCGUCAUGAGAAUGUCCACCCAACUGAUCACGCCAGACACGAUAUGGCCUCGAACGGCCUGGGGCGACAUGAUAUCCCUGCUCAGAGCGGCCAUCACAGCCAUCACGCCGGCACCAUCAAGACCGGCCCUGUCCACAACAGCGAGAUGCUGAACAAGCUCGACCCCCGCGUUCACGAGUACAAGGACAGGUCUGCAGCCGAUCACUCAUUGACUGGCACGACACACGGUCAAGUGCCUCUGGAUGCCGCCCGGGUGCCCCCUUCAGUGAUGCAGGAGCAUUUGGGUCCCCCAACCAUUGAGCACGACUUUCCUCACGACAGCAAGCACAAGAGACACUCCAUCAGCCACCAGGAGGCUCACAUGAUGCGAUAA